GCGGGCGGUGCGGCCGCUCCGGUGCCCGCGCUGUGUCCCCCCCGCCGCCCCCGCGCCCCCCUCAUGCAGCGCCGCGACGACCCCGCGGGCCGCCCGUCCCGGGGGAAAAACCUCGCUGGCCGCGCCGUGCCGUCGCGCCGCCAGUGCGUCUGCACAGGGGCCCGCGGGGCCGCCAGUGGGGCCGCCAGCGGGGCGCGGCCGCCUCCCCCCGCGGCCGGCGGCGGCGGUGCCUCGGGGGGCUCUGGCGGCGGCGGUGGAGGCGGCGCGCCCGCCUCGUCGCCGUCCGGAGCCGCCGGGAAGAUGGAGCCCGAGAACAGGUACCUGCCCGAGCUGAUGGCGGAGAAGGACAGCCUGGACCCGUCCUUCACGCACGCCAUGCAGCUCCUCACCGCAGAAAUUGAAAAAAUUCAGAAGGGUGAAACAACAAAGAAGGAGGAGGAAGAAAACUACCUGGAUUUAUUUUCCCACAAGAAUAUGAAGCUGAAAGAACGAGUUCUGAUACCUGUCAAACAGUACCCCAAGUUCAACUUUGUUGGAAAGAUUUUGGGACCUCAAGGCAACACCAUUAAGAGACUUCAGGAAGAAACUGGUGCUAAGAUUUCUGUGCUGGGGAAGGGCUCAAUGAGAGACAAAGCCAGGGAGGAGGAGCUGCGCAAAGGGGGAGACCCGAAAUACGCUCAUCUAAACAUGGAUUUGCACGUCUUCAUCGAGGUUUUUGGGCCCCCCUGUGAGGCCUAUGCCCUGAUGGCUCAUGCCAUGGAGGAGGUCAAGAAAUUCCUUGUUCCAGAUAUGAUGGAUGAUAUCUGCCAGGAGCAGUUCCUGGAGCUGUCCUACCUGAACGGUGUCCCAGAGCCAAACCGCGGCCGAGGAGGCCCCGGGCGGGGAAGGGGAGCAGCUCCACCACCACCUCCACCCGUUCCAAGGGGCCGUGGGGUUGGUCCCCCUCCUCCUCCUCCUCGGGGGGCCCUGGUGCGAGGGGCCCCAGUGCGGGGGGGCAUCGCUCGGGGGGCCACCAUAGCCCGGGGGGUGCCCCCUCCUCCGGCAGUCCGGGGGGCUCCUGCCCCCCGAGCACGGGCAGCUGGCAUCCAGAGGAUACCCCUUCCUCCUCCUCCUGCGCCAGAAGCCUACGAGGAAUAUGGCUACGACGACACGUACGUAGACCAGAGCUACGAGGGCUAUGAGGGCUACUACAGCCAGGGCCAAGGGGACACAGAAUACUAUGAUUAUGGACACGGGGAGGCACAGGAAACCUAUGAAGCUUAUGCCAGGUCCUAUAUCCAGGUUUGGAAUGGCAGCUGCACGUGGCAAUCAAUGAGGCAAGAUGACUGGAAUGGGAGCCGGCCCUCCCUGAAGGCCCCGCCGGCCAGGCCAGUGAAGGGGGCCUACCGAGACCACCCCUACGGACGCUACUGAAAAACACAAAACAUGAGGGAGAAAUCCCACUUUUGAGCAAAACAGUUGUUACUGAUUCUUGUAUCUCCCAGGAUUCCCGUUGCUUUGCCCACACCAGACAAGAGCGGAGGGUUCUCGGCGCCGGGGGUGAGGAGGAGCAGGGGCAGCGCCCACGGGGGUGAGUCUGUGUGUGUGUGUUGUGUUUUUACAGGGUGGGGGUGGCACCAUCUGAGCUGUUAAAACCACAUCCCCACAAAUAAAAAAGGGAAAGCUGGCUGGCUCUCCCUGCCCCGAUGCUCUCGCAGAGGUCACGGUGUGGAGGAGGCUCCAGAAUUGUACCAGCCGGGGAGCCGGAGGGAAAGAGGUUUUCAGUGGAUUUAGGGAGGGGGGAAAAUGUGAUGAGGUCCAUCUCUUGGAGCUGCUGCUUCCUGGUGGUGUUGGGUUUCAUGGAAUCACAGGCUGGUUUGGGUUGGAAGGGGCCUUAAAGAUCAUCUGGGAUUUGUCACCCGAUGCUGCAGGAGCAGAGCAGCUGAAGGAAUGGCUCGGUGGGAAUUCCUGUGGGAGUCCAUAAGGCAUUAAAAUUACAGGCUGCAGAUUUUAAACCCAGCCAGACCUUGCUAGUUCUACACCUUCUGGCCCCCAUCAGUGGGAUCAAAGGGGAUCUGGCUGCUGGCUGGUCAGUUUUUAAGGAUUUCUGUCCGCUGGCAUAGCCAGAGAUCUCCAUCAGGGAUCCUGGGACACAUCUCUUAGAAUCCCAGAAUGGUUUUGGUAGGAAGGGACCUUAAAGCCCAUCUCAUUCCACCCCCUGCCAUGGGAAAGGACAUCUUCCAAUAGACCAGGUUGCUCCAAGCCCCGUCCAACCUGGCCUGGAACAUUCUAGGGAUGGGGAACAGGCCAUGCUUCUCUAAUAAAUUGCUUUUAUAAAUGGAUGCAAGUGGUUGCAAACGAGUGGGAGGUGAUCACACAUCAGUGGAGUGACCUGCUUAGGCAGCAAGGACACAUUUCUCCCCCAGGGCAGCAUCCCAAGGCUUUUGGGAACAGCUAAAUGCUUCCUCUCAAACCCUGAGACCGCUGAAAGUCUGAUCUCCAUAAAUAAAAGAACAAAGAAAUAAACCCUUGCAGUGCUGAACAAGCCCAACGGCUUCAAAAGGCAACCUGGGCACAGGACAUAAAAGGACACGAGUCUAAUUUUACAUGGAAUUGUAAAGCUCCCAAACGAGCUUCUCUUAUCUGAGGAGCAUUAGGGACAAGGAAGAGGUAAUGUGUGGAAAUGCUGCAACAGGGAGAUUACCCUGAAUUCUUCCACUUGAAAAUUGGAUCCUGCCAGGGGGAACGAUAACGUGUCUGGAUUUGUGGCCUGGUUAUCAAAUUCAUCUUCAUUUACAAUGUAAUUGGAACAUCAGUUUCUCUGGCCAUGUACCAAUCUUCCCCGUUUCUUUCUUAAUAGGCACAGCUUUUGUAUCAAGUGGAAAAGAUUUGAUAGAGAUCAUCUAUUAUGAUGCAGGGUUUUUUUUUUUUUUACCUGUAGAAGGGGAUCUUGUGACGCUGCCUCUGGAGGGAUCCAGCUCGUGCCUUGCCUUUGUUGCAUGUUUAUGGGGAAGACUUAAAUGUUGUGGCAGACUGUAAAUACUAAUAUAUUGAAAUAGAUGUAUAUGCUACAAGUAUUUUGCAAACAUGCCCUGGAUCAGACGUUCCCUCCCUCUCACAGCACUGCUCCAGUCAGAUUUUAGCCUGGAGUCUGCAAGAGCUAAUUGGAGAUCCCAAAAUAACCCUCAGCAUAGGAUGUGUCUCUCAAAGAUGCUCUAAUUAGCCAGACAUUCCGGGGGUGAUGCAGGAAUUUGUGAGGGAUAGAGAUUCCUUUGAGUCUGAGUCACCUAAAUAACCUGAAUAACCUUCCCUUUCCUACUGGCAGGUGGGUGUUGGAGGUGGAAUUAGCUGGCUGUGACCUCACAAGUGCCAGGGAUCUCUCAUCUCCCAAUUUUCCCAAAGGACUAAUCCUCACCUUAUUAUUUGUAGGGUUUUGGUGAAGGCCAUAAAGCAGGUGAAGGCCCUGUCGUGCCUGGCUCUGUGCAGGGGGAUGUGCAGCAGCUGGGACCUCUCCUCUGGGGAAGCUUUUCCCAACAAAAACCGUUCUUGUUAAGAGAUUUUGGCUCCAGGAACAUCCUCCUGCUGCAGAACACGCAGCAUUCCCACCUUCCCUGCCCCUUUCCCUGCGUGGUCACAGCUUCUCCAGCCUCUUGGGUAUAACUACUCAGCCUGGCUGUGCCUGGAGCAGGCACAGACCCGGGUUUUACCCCCUCAGGGAGGUUGAGUGCUUUGUGGGAUCCUGGACAGCCACAGGAAAGUGAAACCAAGCUGGAAUUCCAGAAAAACCCCCAGCAGCUUUCCCUGGAAGGAGACUCUCAUCCCCUGCCCGUUCCUCAGCCCUGGUUUCAAGUUGCUGUUUGGGUUGUUAAAUAAAACAAAUGGCUUUGAGCUCUGUUAUAUGGAAAUAUAGAUUCAUGGAAUGGUUUGGGUGGGAAGGGACCUUAAAGCCCAUCCAGUUCCAGCCUCUGCCAUGGGCAGGGACACCUCCCACUGGACCAGAUUGCUCCAACCCCUGUCCAACUUGGCCUUGGACACCUCCAAGAUGGGAAUUCCACACCCUCUGUGGUAUUUUGUGUCUAACUCAGCCUCUCUGAAAGCACAGUGGUUUAAGCCUUUACCUCGAUAUGUCCCUCCAAAAUCCCAUCUUGGAUGAGCUGGGUUUACGAGCACAGCUGGAUUCCCUGUCCAGCACUUGGAGCAGAUGAUUCUUUUCGUACAGGACGAGCUUUUAAAUUUGUAUGAGAGCAUCUGUCGCGAGCAGAGCCAAGAAAAACAGUUCAAGUGUGCAUUUUCCCUUCCUUAACCCAUCCUGCUGCUCUCCUGGAGAACACUUGGGCUGAGGGUGAUUCCUGCAGCUUGGAUGGACCCUCUGAGCGGCCCCAGAGGAGGAGGGACCAGCUGGGAUGUGUCUGCUGGGAGCUGCAGAGGAGAACAGGCUUCCCUGGGAACGAGCACAUCCGGAGCUUUUGGGGAGGAAAACGGGGCUUAGGGAAAUUCUUCCUUAAUUGAUAAACCUGUGACAUGCUGGAUGAGACAUUGGACACGUGUCCCGUUCAUCAGCUGUGAGGGGGAGGAAUUCCUGCAGGUUAUCCAGGGACUCCCAUCCCAGUGGAGAUGUUAUUCCUCAUUUUCUCCCUGGGAAGCUCCGUUCUGUGAGCACAGAACACAAACCUUUGCUGUUGCUGCUCAGCUGAGCCUUCCACUGCUGCCAUAUGUUUUAAUGGGAAUGUUUGUUUCCACGCUCCUUUUGCUCCUUUUGCAAGGAGGGAUGAGUCUCCGGGGAGCUGCUUUCAGAGCUGAUCAAGGAGCACAGUUAAGACACUUCCCUGGGAAAUAGGAACCUGCCAGAUCUUGGGGAGUGUUGGAGAACACUGGAGCCUCCCUUGGAUCCCACGAGAGCAGCAGCUGUGUGUUGGAACACUGAAAUAUAAAGUGUUUUCUGCUGAAGCUGUUACUUUUACCACUGAAUUUGGAACUAGGUAUGACCAAAAAGCUUCAAUACGUCGUGUUGUAGUAGCAAACCUGAUAUAUUUUAACCUGAAAAUGUUUUUAACCUGAUGUUGGUACGUCCUGUUACCUUUAUAGUUGUUCCUGGAAGGCUCUGUUAAACCACAGAUGUCUGGAUACUCCUAGGUUUUGAUGGCUUUGCACAUUUAGGUUGGGAAGGACCUCCAAGACCAUCGAGUCCAACCUGUGACCACCUCGUCACCCAGCCCAGAGCACUGAGUGCCACGUCCAGUCAUUCCUUGGACACCUCCAGGGAUGGGAACUCCACCACCUCCCUGGGCAUCCCCUUCCAAAGCCAGUAAAGAACUAAACCCUGGGCCUGUGGAAGUCCAUUAAUUUCAGAGAUUUUUGCCUCCAGCUGGUUCUCAGUGUUGUAAAACGCUCCAUCUGUGCCGAAGCACCAACGCCCACAAGUGGAGGAGAUCAUUGAGGAAAAAAACGCUGCGAGCGGGUGAUAAAGAUGCUGAAAAGUGAUCAAGGUGAAUCACAGCACAAAAAUAGCUUGGAUGGGAGCCUGGUGAGCUCCUGCACCAAUAAGUUGGAUGGCAGCCUGGCAAGCUCCUCCACCGAGGAGCACUGGGGUUUCUGCUCCAGCUAUUCCACGAUCCUACAACUCUUGUGUUGGAAGUGAUCCCUCAUUCCGUGUAAUAAAGUCCUGACGAUGAAUA